CUCUGCUGUAGCUGUCGAUCAGUCGACGCAGCGCCCGUGAAGAAUUAGAACGAUUGAAAGCAUCACGAGUUAGCCUAGUUUUAGUUUUCGAUGGCGAAGCAUCACCCUGAUCUAAUCAUGUGCCGUAAAUUGCCAGGCAUUUCCAUCGGGCGCUUGUGUGAAAAAUGCGAUGGACGUUGCGUUGUGUGUGAUAGUUUCGUGCGUCCAGCUACACUUGUUCGGGUUUGCGACGAGUGCGACUAUGGAACACAACACGGCCGAUGUGUUAUCUGUGGCAACCCCGGGGUAGCAGAUGCGUACUAUUGCAAAGAGUGCACGAUUUUAGAGAAAGACAGGGACGGUUGUCCAAAGAUCGUCAAUAUAGGAAGUGCAAAGACAGACCUCUUUUAUGAGCGCAAAAAGUACGGGUUUAAGAAACGGUAGUGGUUCCGAAGCAGAAGCGUCAUUUUGGAAAUUUGAACAUUGUUGCGUACUCGUGCUGCUCUACGUUAUCUCCUUUGUAUGCACUCAACACACGCGUGUUGGCGACAUGGGAAGCGGCGACACAAGGGAAGUUUUUUUGAAAACAUUUGUGUGCGUGACAAAGGGGACUAGCUAGUCUUCAUAUUUCCUCAAGUACUUCGUUUCCGCCUUUUAUUUCGAAGAAGCGCAGUGAGGCGAGUUUGUAGCGUGCUGCUACGAAGAAAUAGUCUUGUGAUUACACCGCUUAGUGAUGACAAAGUC